AUGAGAAUUUGGCACAUCACAUUUUUACUUGGUCUUUUGACCCUGGUAGUAUGCGAGGAGAAGGAGAAGAACAUCAUCGAUAAAAAAGAUGUCGAGAAUGAUAAUAAGGCUAACAGUGAUCUUAACGAAAAACGCCAAGACAAACGUGGGCUCGGUCAUUUCGAAGGUAGUUACGAUGGUCAUGACGGAGGUUACGGUGGUGGCGAUUAUGGGGGAGGUGAUUACGGUGGUGGCGAAAUCCAUUCGUCCGGUGGAGACGGAGGUGGAUACGAGGGUGGAUACGAGGGUGGUUACGGAGGUGGAUAUGGAGGAGGUGAUGAUGGUGGCAAGGUCAAACAAAUAACUAUCGUGAAGAACGUCAAGGUUCCUUAUCCGGUAGAGAAGAAGGUACACUAUCCGGUCGAAAAAGAAGUACCGUAUCCAGUAAAAGUACCAGUACCGCAGCCAUAUCCGAUCGAAAAGAAGAUUCCUGUACCUGUAAAGGUACUUGUGAAGGUGCCCGUUCAUAUACCGCAACCUUAUCCAGUGGAAAAGAAGGUGCCCUAUCCCGUGCACGUACCAGUUGAAAGACCAGUACCUUACAAAGUUUAUGUACCACAACCGUAUCCGGUCGAGAAGAAGAUACCCUAUCCAGUAAAGGUACCAGUGCCACAACCGUUCCCAGUUGAAAAGCCUGUACCAUAUACGGUAAAGGUACCGGUCCACGUAUCAGCGCCCUUCCCAGUGGAAAAACCUGUACCGUAUCCAGUUGAGGUACCAGUCGAGAGGCCCUAUCCCGUACACAUACCGAAACCGUAUCCGGUACCCGUGGAAAAACAUGUACCGGUACCAGUAGAAAAACCAGUGCCUUAUCCUUACAAGGUUCACGUAGAAAAACCCGUGCCCUAUCCGGUCGAAAAACCAGUACCUGUACACGUUAAAGUACCAGUACCUGCACCCUAUCCAGUUGAAAAACCUGUACCGGUACCAGUAGACAAACCUGUGCCUUAUCCCGUUAAAGUACCCGUCGAACGACCAGUACCAGUUCACGUAUCUAAACCGGUCCCCGUGCCAGUAGAAAAGCCAGUACCGGUUCCUGUUAAAGUACCAGUUCCGGUACCGGUACAUCAUCAUGAAUCGUCUCAUGGUUCUUACGAGGGUGAUUACGGCUCUAGUUACGGUGGACAUCAUUUUUAA